CUCGUCCCUGCCACGCCCUGGCGACCCUGGCAUCCCAUUGCAUACAUAUCCUUCACCAUCCUGAUCUCCUCCCUGGAUCACGCCUGACGUUUGUAUUCUAUCCAACAAUAAUCCCAUUUUCCCUUUCUCUUCGCAUCCAUUUCAACCACCCCCACCUCCUUCAAGAGCCUACUUUACCUGUGCACAUACGCUCUUCUCAUAAUCUCUUUGUCUCUCCAACACUACCCUACUCCUCCUUCACCCCUCCCCUCCACCGGGGAAUCUCCUUGCUGUCUUUGUUUUCCUAUCCCCCCAGGACGACAUUGCUGGUGACCUGGUAUUACGAGCACUACCUUGACCCAUCCUGCUCCUGCCAGAUAAGUCAUUCCCAAUGACUUCCGUACUACACUACCGCGACCCCAUCAGCUACCGGAGCAACGACCUAAUGAGCUCAUCCAACUAUGUUCCCCCUCACAUGGCAAACAUGAGGAAGUCUCCAUCUUACGAGGGUCACUCUUCUGGUUCCGAGAGGAAACUGUCCGCUUCUUCGGGCAUCAAGAAGCGACCUUCGAGAGCAGGUACCCGCAGCGUAACCACACUGACAGCUGCUCAACUGGAACGCAAGCGGGCAAACGACAGAGAAGCCCAGCGUGCUAUCAGACAGAGAACCAAGGAUCACAUCGAGGCUCUCGAGCGUCAAGUACGCGAUCUGACUACCCAGGUUGAAUCCGGUAGCUCUGGCAAGAUGAUGGAUCUGAUGCGUCGCAACGAUGAGCUGGAGCAAGAGAACGCCGUUCUACGAGCACGUCUCUCACACGCAGUGCAGGCAUUGGGCUUGCCCGAGAACUCUGCAGAAUCUACUGGUAUAAUCUCCGCGACGGGAGGUGCGCCAUCGCCUAGCGAUCGCAUCCAGAUUCUAUCCCAGCCACGAAGAUCUUCUGCGAGUGCCAGGAGUGUUCACUCAGUCCCAGAAAUGACCACCACUCCCAUUUCGCAAUCCCACUCUCAUUGGCAGCCUCAGCAACACAGCUACUCUCACGGGCCUAACAUGGCCUCACCACACGUAGAGCACCCCUCUACCAGCUGGAACUCUCAUCCCUCAGCGCAUCCGCCGCACCCCACUGUCUCCAUCUCGGUGCCAGACUCAUCGCUUCAUGCCGUUGAGCCAGUGUCGUACCCUAGCCCUUACGGCAUGGAGAAUAACACCAGAUCCAUGUCGUACCCUCUGGAAAAUGCUUCGCUCGUCACCUCUCAGCCUAUGCAGAUGGGUGGCUACAGCACGCCUACUUCAAACCCGUCACCCCAUCCCGCGGAAUAUCAGCGACACAUGAGCGUUCCCAUGAACGCCCCUCCCGCUGCCAACAGCUCUCAACAUGGGCACGCUUACCCCAGUUCCGGCCACCAAAGCUAUGUUCCCCAAGGCAGUCAUUCGGGCGAGAUGAUGAUGGCUCCCGCUACCCACCCGCAGCCCCAUAUGAUGAAUGAGCAAGGCCAGAUGAUGUACCACAUGCAGCCGCCCAUGAAGGCUGAACACUGA